AUGCAUGUCCCUUUAAUAUUAUUUUCGGCGCUGCUAGUUUUUACAGUGGCACAUCAGAAAAAAUUCACAGUAUGGCGAUUACAACCAACGUCUACAAAUCAAGUGGAAUUAUUGAAGAAUUUGCAGUUGAAUGAUGUGAAACUAGACUUCUGGAAAUCACCAUCGGAAGCCGGAAAAGAGGUUCAUGUGAUGGUUUCUGAUGAAAAAGGACCGAAAUUUCUGGAAGAGCUGGACGAUCACUCAAUAACGCAUUCGAUUAUGAUUGAUGAUGUUCAGAAAGUGAUUGUCGAACAGAAGGAAAAAAGAGACAAACUUCGGAAACAGGUUCGAUUACACGAUUGGAGGGAACAGAAGGUCCAAUUUAACCUUGCCCAAUACCACUCGUUUGCUGACGUCAUAAACUAUUUGAAUUCGUUGGCUAUCACUUAUCCGGAAUUAGUAUCAGUCCAACCAAUUGGUACAACACACGAAGGACGACAGAUUCCAUUAAUUAAGAUCACCAACAAACGAAACGGAGGCACGAAACGCGGCAUCUGGGUUGACGGUGGAAUUCAUGCUCGUGAAUGGGUCUCCCCAUCUACAGUACUCUACUUCAUUCACCAAUUAGUCACUCAAUACGAUAAAGAUGCUCAAAUUCGGCAGUUCGUGGACCAAUUGGAAUGGUAUAUUGUGCCACUUUUGAAUCCAGAUGGUUACGAGUACAGUAGAUCAAGUAAUGAUCCGGAAAUUCGAUUGUGGAGAAAGAAUAGAAGUCCACCAAAGUGUAUUCAACAGGCCACUGGCCUCUUCCAACCUCCAACAACCACCUGUUGCCAAGGUGUGGACCUGAACAGAAAUUUCGAUUGGUUCUUCGGACAAGUCGGCUCGUCAACAGACCCAUGCUCAGAAAUCUAUCAAGGAGCAUACGCAUUUUCGGAGCCCGAGACAGCCGCCGUCAGAGAUUUUGUCCAAAGACAUCGGAUUUCCACAUUCCUGACGUUCCAUUCGUAUUCGCAAAUUUUAAUGUAUCCAUUUGGACAUCAAGUUCGAACCUAUUCCAAUGAUUUGAAUGAUUUGAGAUCUACCGCUCUAUCAAUUAUCCCAACGGCUCGAGAAACGUGGGAAGCUGUCAAAGUGAUUGCUGCAAAAACACUAGAAUUACCCUCGAAUGCACAUAGAGCCCCACAGAAACGGUAA